AUGCCUUGUUUUCCUUAUCCAUCAAUACCUCAACCCAUUCAAACCCCUGUGACCUUGACGCUCAAGAUACACAACACAUACCGUUGCGAACCCACAAAUCUUGUCAUACCUCAGCUGAAACCGCUCCCGGACUGUGAAGGCCCCAAGCUCGAGUGUUUCAUUGACGACAUCACGACCUGCGACUUCAAACUUCUCGGACUUCUCGGCGGUGGGUGUCAUUCCCUUGUUUGGAAGGCCGAAAUCAAUGGCAAAGUCUAUGCCAUCAAGAUGUUCUUUCAUCUCGAGGCACACGAGCCAAGCUUCCUCAUGGACGGCCUUGACGACGAUCCUCAAGACUCAGACGAACCCGACCCCCUGAACGAUAUGUCUCAGUCGACGAUCGAUAGCCUCCGUCUCCAUACAUCCUCGUUCUAUAACGAAUGCCGUGUCUUUGGGCGUCUGAAGGAGCUGGGUCGCGAGGACCUUGCUAUCAAGGGCUAUGGCUACCUGCAAUUUUAUCUCAACGACGACAAGGUCCGGCAACAUUUCCUACCAUUUGGAGACGGCGCAAGAAGACAUCUCGCUUUUCUCGGGAACAAAGACCCCACCGAUGUAGAUGUGAUCCGCCGCACCUUGCAGCAUGACGAUCUCCGCAUACCCAUGAUGGCCAUUGUCAAAGAGUGGCUGCGCAAUCUUCGAGAGCUGCACAAGUCAGGCAUCGUAAUUCGAGAUCUCAAGUGGCAGCAGUACCUGAACGGACAGCUGGCAGACUUUAGUUUCGCCUGGACCAUCCCGCACAUCUUCGGUCCAGAGAGCGGCCUCCGACCCCGCUGGAGCUUCGAGAGCAUGGCGGCGUGGGAUCUCAAGUGCUUCCAAGAGAUUCUCGACGACUUUUGCAGGGAAGUGUAA